AUGGCUGCACUUCGAGCCGGCGCUGGCCGCAGUCUACAGAGGCUCGUGAGGAGGCAGACACCAUUCCCUCUCCGCCCUCUCGCCCUUCGCCUUUCCCUCCCCCUCGUCUCCCACAUCCCCUCGACCUCCCUCCGACGCAAUGUUUCCUCCUCGACCCGUACAUUCCAACCCGCCGCAGUCACCGAUGCCUUUUCCUCCCAGCUCGACGGUGCUCCCUCGGAGAUCCUGGCCAUGCAAGAUGUCGUCUCGCCCGUCCCUCAAACCCUCACGGAGAAGAUUGUUCAGCGUUACUCGCAGGGCCUGGCCGAAGGCAAGUAUGUCAAGGCCGGGGACUACGUGACUCUGUCUCCACACCAUUGUAUGACCCACGACAACUCAUGGCCCGUGGCCACCAAGUUCAUGAGCAUUGGUGCUACCAGCAUCCACGACACCAAGCAGAUUGUCAUGACGCUGGAUCACGAUGUGCAGAACAAGACGGAGAAGAACUUGAAGAAAUACGAGCAGAUUGAGGCGUUUGCGAAGCAACAGGGCGUCGAUUUCUACCCAGCAGGCCGUGGGAUUGGGCAUCAGAUCAUGGUGGAGGAGGGAUACGCAUGGCCAGGCACCAUGGCCGUUGCCAGCGAUUCUCACUCCAACAUGUAUGGUGGUGUGGGUUGUUUGGGAACUCCAGUCGUCCGGACAGACGCCGCUAGCAUCUGGGCAACGGGCAGGACGUGGUGGCAGAUUCCCCCAAUCGCCAAGGUCACCUUCCAGGGAAUUCUGCCCGAAGGUGUGACGGGAAAGGAUGUCAUUGUGGCGCUAUGUGGACUGUUCAACAACGACGAGGUCUUGAACCACGCCAUUGAGUUCACCGGUUCAACCAACACCAUGCGAAGUCUCCCCGUGGACGACCGACUUGCCAUUGCCAACAUGACCACUGAAUGGGGUGCUCUAUCUGGUCUAUUCCCCAUUGAUGACGUUCUCAAGGGCUGGCUGCGGUACAAGGCAACGGAAGCGAGCAUGUACAACGAGUCUUCGCCAACAUCUAGCCCCACCACAGACCGCUUCAACCACCAGAGACUUGAUGAUCUUUUUGCCAGUCCACUCGCCGCGGACCCUGGCGCUACAUACGCAAAGGAGCUAUUCUUGGAUCUCGCCACUCUCUCGCCCUACGUCUCGGGACCAAACUCUGUCAAGGUGGGCACUCCUCUUGCAGAACUGGAAGCACAGGACAUCAAAGUCAACAAGGCCUACCUCGUCUCCUGCACCAACUCCCGUCGCUCCGAUCUCGAGGCCGCCGCCAAGGUAUUCCGAGCAGGUGCCGACGUUGACGGUAAGAUCCCAAAGAUCGCCGAUGGUGUCAAGUUCUACAUCGCUGCCGCCUCCAUUCCCGAACAGAAGGCUGCCGAGGAGACUGGCGAUUGGCAAGUUCUGCUCGAUGCCGGCGCCGAAGCUCUUCCCUCUGGCUGCGGUCCCUGCAUCGGUCUUGGCACCGGUCUUUUGGAGCCUGGUGAGGUUGGCAUCUCCGCCAGCAACAGAAAUUUCAAGGGCCGCAUGGGCAGCACUGAUGCCAAGGCUUAUCUUGCAAGUCCAGAGGUGGUUGCUGCCAGUGCCCUGCAAGGCAAGAUUGCGGGGCCGGGUUGGUACGAGAAGCCUGCCGAUUGGGCUGGCGUGCGUCGCGGAGAAGGUGAUGGUGUCAAGGAGGAAGACCGCAUGAUCAGUAUCGAGGACGCCCUCGACAAGCUCAUCCGUGAGGCCGAGGAAGCUGUAAAGGAGGGCGAGGAGCGUCUUACACAGGCGGUUUCCGGUGCGAGCGCCGACAAGCCUGCGGAGGAGAGCYCCGGACUGACUGAGAUCCUCCCCGGCUUCCCCGAGAAGGUCACCGGGGAGAUUGUGUGGUGUAAUGCUGACAACGUCAACACCGACGCCAUCUACCCGGGGAAGUACACGUAUGACGACGCCUUCAGCUCUGAUCCCGCGAAGAUGGCCACCGUCACGAUGGAGAACUACGACCCAAACUUUGCCAACAUUGCCAAAGCAGGUGACAUCCUCGUCAGUGGUUUCAACUUUGGCUGUGGCUCAUCCAGAGAACAAGCCGCAACUGCGAUCCUCGCCAAGGGCAUCCCUCUGGUGGUGUGUGGUAGUUUCGGUAACAUCUUCAGCCGGAACAGCAUCAACAACGCCUUGAUGGGCGUGGAAGCACCGCGUCUGAUUGAGAGAUUACGGGCCACAUUCAACAAUGAUAAAUCCACAGCRAGUGGAAAGAAGCAAGCAAUCACAGAGCCUUCAAGGAAUAGCGAGAGCUUGGACUCCCCACCCCCAGCACCUGAAAGCAAGCCCACGGAAGAGAAGCAGUUGACUGUCAGGACUGGAUGGACAUUUACAUGGGAUCUGAGGAGAAGUCAGGUCGUGGUCAAGGAAGGUGAGGGUGGAGAGGAAUGGACGCAAAAGGUGGGAGAGCUACCCCCGAAUGUACAGGAAAUAAUUGCCAGAGGUGGGUUGGAGAAGUGGGUCAAGAAGGAGAUUUCUAGCGUGGCUGGUGCGUGA